GAUCCAGCAUCAUUCGGUGUUGAAAACUCGAGCUGUGAGGACGUAAGUGCUCCGAUUUUAAAACAAAGUGAUCCAAGUGUGUGAAAGUAUUUAUUACUUAAUAAGUUUCCUAGACAAGUCACGCAGUGGAUUUGCAUCCCAAUUAUAGAUCGGAUCGGAUCGGACGGAACGCACUAUUUAAACCAUGGAAGGAGGAAGUCGAACAUUUCAAUUAGUAUUCCUAGCUCUAAUUGCAAUCGCACAAUGGCAAACGAUUGCUGCGGGACCCGUCUCCAACGAGGAGCUGCGGGGAACCAUCCAGUCCCUGAUCUACUCCUACAACCAGCUGGACAAUAAGUUGGAGCGACACGAGCACAGGGAAAGGGCCUUGGGCGAACUGCUGAAGAAGGCUCUCCAAACCCUGCAAAAGGGCCAGAAGAGCCUGGAGCCCAUCAAUGGCAGUUUCGGGCGACUGGACGAGAGGGUCAGCCAAAUAGAGACCAUGCUAAUUACGCAAGAGGAGAAGUACAACACGCAAUCGGAUCGAUUCAACCAGGCCACGGAGCACAUGUUCAAGUGGAUGAGGGAGAACGACGAGUGCUUCAAGAGACCACCAGUUAGUGCCAACCUAUUAGCUCCUCCAACCACGCCCCCCGCCCCAGCCAUACCCAAGGAAUUCCUGGAGGAGCAGAAGCGCCUCAACACCCAAUUGUUGGAGGAGAUUCAGAAGCUGUCGGCUAGUGUGGCCUCGCUGAAGGAAAGCAGCCAAAAGGCAGUCGUGCAAACGCAGCAGAAUUUCGAGAGUCUUCCCAAGGGACCCGAGUUGCUGGCCCAGAUCGAGGCCAAGUUGCAGGAACACGCUGCCAGCGUCACCACUGCCGCUCCUCCCAAGAAUAAUGAGUUUGAAGCUCAACUCCUGGAGCGUCUGGACUCGCUCAGUGGAAAAGUGGCUAAUAUCAGCGAGACUGUCCAGCGGCCUGCUGCUCCAGUUGGCCUUAACGAUAAGGAUAAGGCCUACAUCCAGGAGCUGAACAACGAGACACUGAAUGCCUUGGCUCAACUGAAGAGCGAGUCCUCAACUGCACAGAAAUCGGCCUUGACGGAGACCACGGAGCGACUGCAGCAGACGGAGGCCAACAUCCAAGCGGACGUUCGCAAGCUUUCAACGGACUUGGGCGCUCUCAAUGAAUUCCUCGCUUCGGCAAAUGAGAGCAAUGCCAAGCUGAACGAAGGACUGGAAGCCCUGGGCAAGUUCAACAACAUCAUGAUGACCAACUCGGAGGUGGUGCUGGACACACAGCGCAAGGUGGAGUUCGGCACGCUGAAUGUGGUGCAGCGGGUGGGCAAGCUGCUGGAGGAGGAGACGGCUAAGCUGAGUGAGCUGCUGAAGGAGCGCUUCACACUGCUGGACGGAACGGUGGUGAGCACCCAACAGGAGGCGAACAAGAACAUCAGUGGGCUGCUGGAGACGGAGCUGAACCAGGUGUGGCACCGCAUCGAGAUCAUGGCCGGCGAGAUCAGCCAGAGCAGUGAGAUGCUCGGAGUGAUUCAGUCCGCAUCCGAUGGCUACAUCAACAGCACCCUGGCCACGAUGAUGGGACUCGGCAGCCGAGUGGAGGAGACCAAGAAGCACAUGAUCGACAUGGACGAGAACCUCAACUUCCUAUUGGGCAAGCUUUCACUGAUGUCCAGCGAGUUCGCCAAUAUCAAGAAGGGCCUGGCCGAGUCCCUCGAGGAUCUGCGCAACUCCUUCCAUGUCCUCCACGAACGGAUGCCCACAGGUCCGGGUCCUCAUAACAUCGACAAGAACAAGUACUUGACCGAUGUCAAUCUGCUGUCCAAACGCCACGCUGAACCUGAAAGGGAGUAGUCGGAUUUAACGAGAAAUAAAAAAUACAAUACUUCUAACCAUAGCGUAUAAGUCUGCCCACUUACUUAUAAUCAUUUAGUUGCGCUUAAGCCUAAGGAAGAAUCUGGUAUUAAAUGUAAUCAUGGUUAUCAAAACCUAUUCAUUGAGUGGAUAUAACUUAAGCGCAGCUGUACAUAUUUAUGCAAAUUGAUCUUAAAACUGAAAACCCUGCCCCGAAUACACUUCAUUACGAACAAUA